AUGUCUUUGUUAAGUGAUGCGCUUGAUGCCAUUCUCGCGAGUAAUCUUACCGGUGACAUGAAGCAACAAUGGAGCGACCAUCUCAAGCGUUACAAAAACAAGGCUUUAUUCAUUGUCGAAGUAUGGAACCGAUCAAAUGCAGCCGAUCCUCCUGCCGCUACUGCUUCUCUCGAUGAUUAUCUUACCAAGAUGUUUAAUUAUAAAAUAACUAAACAAUAUAAACCCAAAGACGAGACAAAAGAACCACUUAGUUUGGUUCUUAGUAAAGCAGAGUGUUCAUGUACUAAUGGAGAAGUUUUUCUCGAGAAUGAAUUCGUUUCACUUUCUUCUAUCAAGGAUGUUCUCAAUGACGAUGGUUUAAUGGGAUCUUAA